UGUCUGUGUCUCUCUGCCUCACUGCAGAUGGAUGGUGGGUGGUCAGGAAAGGGUUAAGUGCUCUGCUCUAUAAACUCUGCUUUAAGACUCUGCUGGAAGCUACUGGUUCAGCCUUUAAAUACAGUAAUUUGACACAUCCCAACACAGGCUUGAAGCAUAGAGCAGCUGCUGACCCAAACUCAGGCUUUAAGGCGAGCUGGUGUGUUGGCGUAACAGUGCUUUGGACAGCAUGAAGGCUCUCUUAUUCACCUGUUUGCUGGUGCCCUGGCUGGUGGCAGCCUCGGCCGGGAAGUUUGACCAGGAAUCACAGCUGAUAAUGGGAUCUGUACCUGGCAGGGAUCUGAGCGGAUACUUCAUUGACCAUUUAAAAUCAAGGAGAGCUAGGAGGGCGUUGCCUCUUGCUGAUGAACCUGAUGACAGUCCAAUGGAAGCAGGAGGAGAUGUCUCUGAACUGCCCACCUGCCUCCUGUGUGUGUGUCUAACUGGUUCAGUGUACUGUGAAGAGGUCAGUCCAGAAAUGACCAGCGUUCCUUCCUUGCCUAAAGAGACGGCCUACCUGUACGCCCGCUUCAAUAAGAUCAAAAAGAUCCGCACCAAAGACUUUUCUGACAUUGUCACUCUGAAGAGGAUUGACCUGACAGGGAACAUGAUCUCAGAGAUUGAAGACGGGGCGUUCUCCAAACUAACGAUGCUGGAGGAAUUGUCUCUGGCUGAGAACAGUCUGGUCAAACUUCCUAUGCUCCCCGCAAAACUCAUAUCCUUCAACGCCAACCACAACCAUCUCAAAACCAAGGGUGUCAAAGCUAACGCUUUCAAGAAAAUGACAAAGCUGCUCAACUUAUUCUUGGCAGACAACGAAAUUGAAGCUGUUCCACACAUCCCAGACAGUGUUCGAACCCUACAUCUACAGAACAACAACAUCACUGAGGUCAACAUAGACACCUUCUGCAGGUCCAAUGACACCUACUACCUACGGCCGAGCCUCAAUGAGGUCCGUAUGGAUGGCAACCCUGUGGUUCUGUCCAAGUUCCCAGACAGCUUCACCUGCAUGAAGGUUCUGCCUGUCGGACGGUACCGUUGAGGUGACAGAAACUUUACUGUAGCCCCUUUGUUGUUGAUGGAGCAGUUUUCCCACAACAGAGUAUUGGGGGAUACUGUGUCGUUCUGGAUUUUGGGGUGCUGGUCCCAUGAUGGGAAUAAAGGUGACAAUGUUUUACUUCUGCAAACCUACAUACAGUUUGUGAGAUUGUCAGGUCAAAAUGAAACCAUUCACUGGACUGAAGGUUUAGAAUUGAUGGACUUUCUCUACUCUGCCUUUUUCGGUUCUACUAAUAAAGGGAGGUUCCCAUGCCUUUAAAUCCUACAGGAAGUUGCAUAUUUCAGUUGUCGAGUCAGUAGCCUAAUUGUUUUAAAAUCCCCUGAGAAGGGGUGUGAAAGCCUCAAUAUGCUCCAAACAAGCAUGUCUGUCUGAAAAGGAGCUUGAUAAGAUGUUAAUACAUUAUACAAACAUUAAGUUUGAAGUAUACUGAAGUCUUGCGACUAUAUCUGACAGAUUAAGGCCACCUUUUCAGAAGACGCAAUACCAACAGCUGAAUCCCAUACAAUGAGUGGAGCGGUCAACAUCUCUACCUACUAACAGUCCAACUCAUGGUUUCAUUUUGAGCUGAAGGUGAACUGCCUACAUGAAUGAAAAUACACAAACCUCUUGUGAGUUUGCACACACACACACACACACACACACACACACACACACACACACACACACACACACACACACACACACACACACACACACACACACACACACACACACACACACACACACACACACACACACACACACACACACACACACACACACACACACACACACACACACACACACACACACACACACACACACACACACACACACACACACACACACACACUUUGUGAAAAGAAUUCUAAAAUUGUAGAAUUUGUUUCCAAAAGUUAAGUAGUUCAAAAACAACAUUUUACUAAAGCUUUUGGAUAUCUUUGGUGCUUUUCCUAACUUAAUCUAGUCUCUUAUAAAAGUGUUAAACCUUUUAUUGAGGGGUUUUACAUUAAACUUAAACUACAUUUUGUAGAACAUCACAACAACUAAAUUGUCUUCUAACCUUUUGAGUUUUCACCUUGCUCAUUGACGGUCAUCAGGAAUUUUAUUUGGCAGACGUCCAUGAAAUACAGGACUGAGUUGUAGUCUUGAUUAUGUGUAUUAUUGGUGCUGAAUGUAAUUUCACCAGAAUAAAAGUAUAGGCUGGCUUUGAACAAACACAAAAUAGUAAACGUUUUCAAAACUGAAUUUUAGUCGGACACCAUCAAAUGAAAAUGUAAAAUGUUUUUGCUAAUUCCAAUUCAAGUAUUUUUUGCAUUUAAUAUGUUUUCUUACAACAGUAGCAGAGAAAUGCUACAGUGUCUUCAAAACAAGUCAUAUAAAAAGGUAGAUUCUGAAAUGGCACUAAAAGUGCAAAGAGCCUGUGAGCAUUAUUAACAUUCCUCUUUGUUGUUAAAUUGUUGUCAUGCAUUAAUCCUAGCUGCCAAAGACAAUUGUUACACUUUGAUUGUCUUUGCAUGCCAGCAGGAUGAGUCUGUAAAUACUUUCUCAACAAAUGAACAAAACACUCUGCUCUGACAUUGACUUAUAAUUGAACUUUCAAUUAUUCCAUUAAAAAAAUGCCUCUUUAUAAGGGCAAUGGGCAUGCAGAUCUGUCUACCGGCAGGCUUUCUUGUGACUUAGCUUCACCUUAUUUGUAUUUAAAGACUGCAGUGAACUGCGGCACAAUGUAUCUAUGAACUAUAGUAAUGUGAAAGUUACUCUUUUAUAUUUUGUCUGCUUUUAAAAUGUCUUGCUUGUUUCCCUAACUCUUCCCUUCCAGUAAUAAAUAUGACUUAAGAAAUUAUUACUGAUGUGAAUAAGACAGUGAUGUACAGGGAGAUAUGUAUGUGACAUGGUUAUGUUUUAAGAUAUUUUAAUAAAGUUACACUUUAAAUUAAAAAA